CCCCGGCCGCACCAUGUGAAGGGGAGCGGCCGCCCCUCCCGAGGAGCCGCCGGGGAAAGAUGGGGGAUGCCGCGGACCCCAGGGAGAUGCGAAAGACGUUCAUUGUCCCAGCCAUCAAGCCCUUCGACCACUAUGAUUUCUCCAGGGCCAAGAUCGCCUGCAAUCUGGCCUGGCUGGUGGCCAAAGCCUUCGGGACAGAAAACGUGCCAGAGGAAUUUCGAGAACCAUUUUAUACGGAUCAGUAUGACCAGGAACACAUCAAACCACCCGUUGUGAACUUGCUCCUGUCGGCUGAACUGUACUGUCGUGCUGGGAGUCUCAUUCUCAAGAGCGACGCGGCGAAACCGCUUUUGGGCCACGAUGCUGUAAUCCAGGCUUUAGCACAGAAAGGCCUUUAUGUCACUGACCAGGAAAAACUGGUGACUGAACGAGAUCUCCACAAGAAACCCAUACAGAUGAGUGCGCAUUUGGCCAUGAUAGACACCCUGAUGAUGGCUUACACUGUAGAGAUGGUCAGCAUAGAAAAAGUGAUUGGGUGUGCUCAACAGUAUUCAGCCUUUUUUCAAGCCACAGAUCUGCCCUAUGAUAUUGAGGAUGCUGUCAUGUACUGGAUAAAUAAGGUAAAUGAGCAUUUGAAAGACAUAAUGGAACAAGAACAGAAAAUGAAAGACCCUCACACAGUUGAAGCUCCAGGAGGGCAAAAGGCUCGUUAUAGGAAAGAACAAACAUUGCUUAAGCAACUGCCUUGCAUUCCAUUGGUAGAAAAUCUGUUAAAGGACUGCACCGACGGCUGUGCCUUAGCUGCCCUCAUUCACUUCUACUGCCCCGGUGUUGUCAGGUUAGAGGAUAUUUGUUUGAAAGAAACUAUGUCUUUGGCCGAUAGCCUGUACAAUCUGCAGCUGAUUCAGGAAUUUUGCCAAGAAUACUUGAACCAGUGUUGCCAUUUCUCCCUGGAAGAUAUGCUCUAUGCUGCUUCAUCUAUAAAGAGUAAUUAUGUGGUGUUUAUAGCAGAGCUCUUCUGGUGGUUUGAGGUGGUGAAGCCGCCCUUUGUGCAGCCUCGAGUUAUUCGUCCACAUGGAGCUGAACCUGCGAAAGAUAGGCCAUCGAUUCCUGUCUUAAAUGCUGCCAAAAGAAACCUCUUGGAUGGCUCAUCCGGGUCUGACUUCACUUCAAGAUACUCACGGCCCCAUGCCCCUUCUUCAGCCUCAGGAGGAAUUAGAAGGUCUUCAUCCAUGUCAUAUGUUGAUGGUUUCAUAGGAACAUGGCCCAAAGAAAAAAGAUCAUCUGUGCAUGGUGUUUCAUUCGAUAUUUCUUUUGAUAAAGAAGAUAGUGUGCCAAAAUCCACUCCAAACCGAGGAAUCACUCGUUCUAUUAGCAAUGAAGGGCUUACUCUGAACAACAAUCGUGUAUCUAAACACAUUCGGAAAAACUUGUCCUUCAAGCCAGUAAAUGGAGAAGAAGAAGAAGAAAGCAUUGAAGAAGAACUUAACGUAGACCCUCACACGGACCUCAAAUCUUACAUGCCUCUUAAUGCAAACGAACUAAAUUCUAAUGAGAAUAUUCCUUCCAAGCUUCCAAACGGAGCUUUACAAAACAGAGUACUCCUAGAUGAGUUUGGUAAUCAGAUCGAGACGCCAAGCAUUGAAGAAGCAUUGCAGAUAAUUCACGAUACCGAAAAAUCUCCCCACACGCCUCGGCCAGACCAAAUUGCUAAUGGCUUCUUUCUUCAUAGCCAGGAGAUGAGUAUCCUUAACUCCAAUCUCAAGCUAAAUCAGUCCAGUCCUGACAACAUAAGUGACACGAAAGGUGCCUUGAGUCCUGUGACCGACACCACAGAAGUAGACACUGGAAUUCACGUUCCCUCCGAAGACAUUCCUGAAACCAUGGACGAAGACUCUUCUUUGCGGGAUUACACCGUCAGCUUGGACUCUGACAUGGAUGACGCAUCUAAAUUUCUCCAGGAUUAUGACAUCAGAGCCAGCAACCCCAGGGAAGCUCUCAGUCCUUGUCCAAGUACUGUAAGUACCAAGUCUCAGCCGGGGAGCAGUGCUUCUUCUAGUUCUGGUGUGAAAAUGACCAGCUUUGCUGAGCAGAAAUUCAGGAAACUGAAUCAUACGGAUGGGAAAAGUAGCGGAAGCAGCUCUCAGAAAACCACACCAGAGGGCUCGGAGCUGAACAUUCCUCACGUGGUUGCAUGGGCACACAUUCCCGAGGAGCCCAGCCUUCCGCCGGCUCGGGAUACCACACAGCUGCUGGCUUCGGAGAUGGUGCAUCUCAGGAUGAAACUGGAGGAAAAGAGGCGGGCAAUAGAAGCCCAGAAGAAGAAAAUGGAAGCCGCGUUCACGAAGCAGAGGCAGAAGAUGGGAAGGACAGCCUUCCUCACUGUAGUGAAGAAGAAGGGGGAUGGCAUCUCCCCGCUCCGCGAGGAAGCGGCGGGCGCGGAGGACGAGAAGGUUUACACGGACAGAGUGAAGGAGAAGGAGGCGCACAAACCGGACGGACAGAGGAGCAAGUCACUGGCCGAUAUAAAAGAAAGCAUGGAGAAUCCCUCGGCCAAGUGGCUGAAGUCCCCAACCACCCCGGUGGACCCCGAGAAGCAGUGGAACCUGGCGAGCCCUUCAGAAGAGACGUUGAAUGAAGGGGAGAUACUGGAAUACACGAGGUCCAUCGAAAAGCUCAAUUCCUCCCUGCAUUUUCUGCAGCAGGAGAUGCAGCGCCUGUCCCUUCAGCAGGAGAUGCUAAUGCAGAUGAGGGAGCAGCAGUCGUGGGUGAUUUCGCCCCCACAGCCCUCGCCGCAGAAACACGCGCGCGAUUUCAAGCCUUCCAGGCAGGCCAGCCUGUCGUCCACCACGGCGCCGUUCUCGUCGGACUCCCCCCGUCCCGCUCACCCGUCUCCACAGGCCUCCAACAGGAAGAGCGCGUCCUUUUCCGCGAAAAAUCAAAGGACUCCCAGGCCCAAUGAUUUAAAAAUAACACCUUUGAAUCGAACCCUGACACCCCCUCGGUCUGUGGAUAGUCUUCCUCGACUAAGGAGGUUUUCACCAAGUCAGGUUCCCAUUCAGACUCGGUCUUUUGUGUGCUUUGGAGAUGAUGGGGAACCUCAGUUAAAGGAACUCAAAGCCAAGGAGGACGUUAAAAAGGAGGACUCUGAAUGCAAAGGGGCGCCAGGACCACAUGGAUAUAACCCCGAAGAAAAGGAGCUCAAACCUCUUGAGUCAACGGUUUCUGAAGUCCUGUCUCAGCCUGUCACAGAGACUGUGUGUCUGACACCAAACGAGGACCAACUGAACCAGCCCACAGAUCCCCCGCCCAAACCCAUCCUCCCACCCGCGGCCCCCAAAAACAUUAACCUGAUUGAAGUUUCCCUGUCAGACUUGAAACCCCCUGAAAAGACUGAUGUGUCUGUUGAAAAAGAUGAUGGAGAAAGCGAUAAAGAACAGUUUGCUGAUGAUGAGCAGAAAGUAUGCUGUGGCUUCUUUUUUAAGGAUGAUCAAAAGGCAGAAAAUGACAUGGCAAUGAAGCGAGCAGCACUGUUGGAGAAACGGUUACGGAGGGAGAAAGAAAGUCAGCUUCGAAAACAGCAACUGGAAGCGGAGAUGGAGCAUAAGAAAGAGGAGACCAGGCGUAAAACCGAGGAGGAACGUCAGAAGAAAGAAGACGAGAGAGCACGCAGAGAAUUUAUCAGGCAAGAAUACAUGAGGCGGAAACAGCUGAAGCUGAUGGAAGACAUGGACACCGUCAUUAAGCCCCGUCCUCAGGCGGCAAAGCAAAAAAAACAGCGGCCAAAAUCCAUUCACAGAGAUCAUGUCGAGUCCCCCAAAACACCAAUCAAAGGUCCUCCAGGAUCACGACUUUAUCGUGUUUUUUCAGCCUCUAGCCUUUCUUUGGCAUCACUGAACACGGGUGAUAAUGAGAGUCUUCAUUCAGGCAAGAGGACGCCAAGGUCAGAGUCUGUAGAAGGCUUCUUGUCACCAAGUCGUUGUGGCAGUCGAAAUGGAGAAAAGGACUGGGAAAAUGCAUCAACAACUUCAUCAGUGGCUUCUGGAACAGAAUACACAGGACCAAAGCUCUACAAAGAACCCAGUGCAAAAUCCAAUAAACACAUAAUACAAAAUGCCUUAGCUCAUUGCUGCUUGGCUGGAAAAGUAAAUGAAGGUCAGAAGAAAAAAAUACUGGAGGAAAUGGAGAAGUCGGAUGCCAACAACUUCUUGAUUUUGUUCCGGGAUUCAGGCUGCCAGUUCAGGUCCUUGUAUACUUACUGCCCAGAAACUGAAGAGAUCAGUAAACUGACUGGGAUAGGCCCCAAAUCAAUCACUAAAAAGAUGAUUGAGGGACUUUACAAAUACAAUUCUGACAGGAAACAGUUCAGCCACAUACCUGCAAAAACGUUAUCCGCCAGUGUUGAUGCAAUUACUAUUCAUAGCCAUUUGUGGCAGACCAAAAGACCGGUAACACCCAAAAAACUUCUACCUACUACUAAGGCAUAGGAGUGGGAAAUGUUUGCUUCAGAACAUUCGUAGUAAAUUUGCACUUCAUCGUUCCUGCCUAGAGAACAUCUUUCUCAUUGCCAACAAGACUUUUUUGUUCAUUAGAACUGGACAUUAGCUGAUGUCAUGAACAACUGGAAUGUAAACCACAGUAUUUUGGAAUGCAGAAGAGUCUCAUGUAGCUGGUAAGUCCAAGUGAUGAAGGGAAGGUUUGGAUUCGCAAGUGAAGAUUGGGACAUUAGAGGGGUAACCUGCCUGCCUGCUGGUAGAGACACGGAAGCGCUGAAUUGUGAACACAGUGGGCGUAGGGUUGAAAUGUGGCUAGGAUUACAAAUUAUGUGUUGUACUUGUUGCUUUUUUUUUUUUAACCUUUGACUGUACGUGUUUGUCUUCAGACGGUUCGUUUUGUUGGGGAGUCAUUCUAAGCUACCUUUGUAUUUGUUUCGCGUGGAGAUCUGACAGUAGGAAGAAUGCCUUCAGAAGUAAUGUGCACCUUUUUCCGCCGUUAAGAGAAACACUAGUGUUACAUUUUACAGGCGCGCUCAUGUUUAAAUGGUGUUAGAGCAUUUGCAAAACUUACUCUGUAUUAUUUAUUAUUCACUCAAGUAUUAACAUGUCUCUACUAAAGAAGGGGAGGUGUGAAAGCUGCUAGUAAGUUCGCUUUAAACCACAUAAGCUUAACCAAGAAUAUGAGAAGUUGCUGAUUAAAUCAGUGUUUUACACGACUUCUGGCCAACUCAGAAUAAUGGAGAUUUUAACAAAAACGGGCUUUUUCUAUUUUCCAGAGCAAGUCACUUUAUCAGCUGGUCGAAGCGAAUGGCACUUUGCAGGUAGUCUUUCAGUAUGAAAAUGUAAGACUUCCUGAAGCAAGUUCUUGGGAGUCUUUACAUUAUUUAUAACUGCUAUGAAAAUUAUAUUUAGAAUUUUAGAACAUGUACGAGGGCUGUGUUUUAGUUUUAAAAUGGCUUCACGUUUAUUUUACUUGUAUUGGGUUUUUCUUUAUAACCCUUUCCAUGUGGAACAUCAUAGACUAUGAGGACACACUUGAAAUCUCUCUGUGAUCGUUGUUCAUUAGCAGUGUAGAGCAGAGAGUUCAUUGGGGAAAACUUCAUUCUCAGGAAAAGACUUGAAUGAUUCUGUGACCCUGUUAUGUUUCAGUGUUGUGACAACUGUGUACACUAGGGGGAAAGACAGUAUUGUACCAUAAAUGAGACGUUGUAGUACCUUUUCUUUCAUGGAUGUAGAGAUGAAGAUAUGUACAUUUCUCUAACUGAGGUGUUUAGAGAGAGCACUAUUGUCUCAUACAAUGUAUUUACUUAUUUGAAAAAAAAAGAUAGGAAUGAGCUGUCCCUGAGCUGUACUUUUCUAUUAUUAUAAGGACUUCUGGCAUCAGUGCAUCUGGGUUAUCGACAUUUUCUCAAAUGCUGUCAAUAUUUUACUGUAAUUUAUGUUCUUAUAUUUAUGUAUAUUUGUUAAAACUGUAAAAAAAAAAAAAGCUCACAGAUUUUUUUCCCAAUAUCUGUGCAAAAUAUAUGUGUAGCUCAAAACUAUUUGUGAUCUACUGUUUGCAUGGAAGAGACCAGGAUAUGUAACUCUUAUAUUUUAAGCGUAUACAUAUUGUGUAUAUAAUAUAUGAAUACUAAAAGUGGGGGAAUACACAUUUUACCUUUCAGACAAUUUCUAUCACAAUUAGAGGGAAAUGAUCCAGCACAUAUUUAGACUAAGACUAGUUUAAAAAUUUUAAGUGAAUCUAAUAAAAAUGUGAAUAAUACUGAAAACAAGAAAUAAGCAUUUUAUAUUACUAAAUUUGUUUUAGUCAGCCAAUUAAAUUUCCCUUAUCAAAGCAAUCUUUUUUAUAUUACCUGGAUAUUAAAUAACAAGAAAUCCGAAGCAAGACAAUGGAGAACACUAAGCAGGACUAGCUUCCCUUGUCCCGCGAUUGAAUCCAGCGUCUGUCUUGUCUAAAGGUAGAAUGUGACCGUUGCUACAAAGUUCAUUGCUCUCAGUACAAGAUUUUACUUUAUUAAUGUAAAAGGCAUAUGGAUAUAUUUCUUUAAGUCUAUAGAUUUUUUUAUUAUGGUGCAGCUUUUUAAAAAUUAUGUUUAAAAUUCUACAAAUGAAAGGAUGAAAGGAUGCCAUUUCCCAGAGCCCCGAGGGCUUUCUUCGCCUUGCUGGAGCACAGUACUUCCCUCCGUGCAGGUCAGAUGACUAAGUAUUCAACUAUGUUUGCCAAACACUCACCCUGACUUCAGUGGAUCCUGUCGCCUUCUAGUAUUUGACAGUCUUAGAAAGCUUUUCGUUCUUCUUGGUUCAAAUUUUGUUUCCGAAUGACUGUUACAGUUUGGGGUUUGUUUGGCUGCUUGCAGGCAGCACCUGUUGUUUCGUUGGGGUUGGGAUCUCAUGGCCACCGUUGGGCAGUGUACAGUGUGUGGUGUGCUUACCUGUCUACCCCAAAGCAUUGCUUACAGGUUUUCUAAAAGAUGCUGUGCUGUAGAAUCCUGUCACAUUUGCUAUUUCCUGGUACAGUGUAGUUUUUCCCCUACCAUUUGAAUAAAAGCAUGGCACCAAAUUGA